AUGUACUCUACUCCUCUUUACUUGACCGAAACUACACCUACCACUACUUCUACUACCACAAAUACUUCUACUACUAAUAAUACUAAUACAAAUAACACAAAUAAUACUAUAAGCAACAGACCAAGUACUAUCUCAACAUCAAGUUUAAUAAAUAGAAAUACCGAAUGGCCGCUUGAAGAAUAUGAAGAAAGACGUAUUAUGAUUGCAUUAUCACAGACAUCUUCUCCAACUGGAGUAUGGUUUGAUGAAGAAGAGGAAGAGGAAGUGUCUCCUACUUCUUAUUUUUCGGACAAAUCCGUUUUCGAAUUAAACAGUCAUAUACGCCGACAAUCUUUAUCAAGUUCUUUAAGAUGCUCCAUAUGUCAACGUCGUUUUCAUUCCCAAGGCAAUUUAUCAAAUCAUUUUCAACUUUAUCAUUGA